AUGGAUUCAAUAACCGCAUCAGAAAAUCACAAUAGAGAUGAAGUCGCUAACUCAAAAUGUGCUAAGUACUACUUAAAUCGUGCGAGAACGAACCUUAAAAUGAAUCAGUACAUGUUUGCCUACGAAGAUGCAGAAGAAGCUCUCACGCUUGACCCU